AUGCGUGGCCGUCUACCGGAAAACAGCCUCCACGGCAUUCAAAAUUCAUCCGAUCCUAGCGACAUUUAUUCCUGCACUAGGUCGCCGCAUAUCGCCACUGCUCCCGUUGGUCUCUCGGUAGAAGAGGCAGAUAUCCACGAACAGUUUAGAGACGUCAAGAAUGAAUUGCGUGCAUGCUCAUUAGAGCCUACUAUCGCCGUUACGCCUUAUACGAUCAGUCCUCGGGAACGUGCUGCCUUGAUGGGGGUUGCCCGCAUUGUUCAGCAGGAUAUGCGAGUGCUUCAGGACGGACUAUCACGAGCAGGUCGUCCGCCACAUCGGCAUGAUGGCGAAUACGUGCCUGCACCGGACUGGGAUAGCGAGUACCUAUCUGCCCUCAUCGAUGACUGGAAUGAACCUGUGCUGCUUGAAUCCGAUUACUAUCUGUUACGAUCCAUGUGCCUUUAUGAUCUGGGAAUCUCCAUUCAAGUGAAAGUCCUUACUCCAGAUCGGGUCAGGAAGUACCUUGAAAUGGCUAUGACAUUGGCACAGAAAGGAUAUCAAAUAAUGCGAGUAACUUUGGGGAAAGACGAUAGUGCCAUGGACAAGUACUGGAGAUAUCCGACCAUGAUCAGCUGCAUCCUGCAGAUUCAGGCCAUGAGGACGAUCAAUGAGAUCAAGGAACGAGAAAGAAUAGUUGAGUUGGCUCCCCCCGACGCACUUUACGAGAUGGCUCGCCAGCAGGUUACUCAGGCCCUGCGGUCAUUCGAGUGCGGUAUGCGGUACUACCCAACUUUAUGUCGAUCGACCGCUGAGCCCUUCAAGGAUCAAGAGUGGAGCAAGAUGGCUGCUUUGACUGAAGCCUAUACGCAACUUACGAACGAAAUUCUUGCGCGACAAAUCUGGACACAGCACACCGUUCGACUUUUGAAAGGUGCUUGGCGGGAGAACCGGAAAAACUGCGCUCAAUUCGUAUAUGGAAUCUCAAAGGCACACCUGCAGUUUGCGCUGUGGAUCCAUGAGCAGCCCGGAAAGCCUUUGCUACUCAUCCCAAAAGUCAGCCCCAUGUUCUUUGAAAUGCGACGCGCGGCAAUUACAGCUUUGAUAUAUGGGAAGACGGCCAUUGAUACUGCGCGCGAUGAAGAGAAACGUCCUGAGCAUUAUUGCCAGAUAAUCGACAGCCUUUACAUGAUGUCGCUAGUCUGCGUAUCCCCUCAUCUAAUUCACUCGUACAGUCGCAAGGCUGCAUAUUGGAUCGAUCAGCUUCGACUCAAGUUCCCGAAUUUCCAGAUCGAACCUUCCUAUGUCCACUCUGCAGACCUUAUGGCUGCAAAGGACAAGGCAAUGCAGGCAAUUGUACAACAGCGUCAAGCACAGCAGCAUUAAGAUCCAGUCUUAUUUUAUUAAUGUUCUUUUGUUCUUUCUGCUAUUCUUAAAUGAUAUGGAUCGAUAAUGGAAGGGGAAGGAGUACAAGCGCUCAGAAUUAUAAAGUUGUGCAUCCAUCCGACAUCGCACGAUGGCGGCCGGGUAUUCAGUGCUUGACUCUAUUGUAAUCAUCAUAGCUUGCUUGUAGAGUGAGGAGGGAAGGGGAAGGGACUAUACGAUACAUACAGCCAUCAAUUCAUAUUUUAUGACAAAGCACACGAAGGGAUAUAAUAGAAUUUAUUGGCAUAUUUGAAUAAAACCACAGUCGGUAAAGUAUACUUAUGUUAGAAACGAGGCAAUGAUACGGAGGAUAAAAGUGGAAUGGAAGGAGUGAAGGAAGAGAAGGGGGAAGAGGUGGAGGAAGAGGA